AUCUCCCACAGCCCGCAGCACAGCUCACCGACCGACCCCACCUUCCUUCUUCUUCUUCUUCUUCCUCCUCUUCCAUUCUCCCAUCCUGUCCGAGCGGACGCAUUAGGCAGCUUCCGACCGAUUUUGUGGGUGAAGCAGUGGGAAUCUCUAUGGCCAAGAAGGAGGCAGAGCUCCAUCAGAGCUCGGGCAAGCGGCAGAAAUGUAGCAGGAGAGGCGAUUACAGCAUGGUAGCUGAAGAGGAAGAAGAAGAAGAUGAAGGAGAAGUAGGCGGAGAGGAAGAGGAAGGGGACGAGCUUCCGCUUAGGACAGGGGGAUUCUUCUUCUACCCGACGUCGCCCACUUCCUUCGUGGUGUCGGAUGCUCAAGAGCCGGAUUUCCCCAUCAUCUACGUCAACACCGUCUUCGAGAACUUCACCGGGUACCGCGCCGAUGAGGUCCUCGGUCGGAACUGCCGGUUCUUGCAGUAUCGAGAUCCUCGUGCUCAGAGACGACACCCUCUAGUGGACCCUGUUGUGGUUUCGGACAUUAGAAGAUGUCUCGAGCAGGGAAUAGAAUUCCAAGGCGAGCUCCUCAACUUCAGAAAGGAUGGUACUCCACUCGUGAAUAGACUGAAACUUGCUCCCAUACAUGACGAUGAUGGAAUAGUCACCCACAUAAUAGGCAUCCAAAUUUUCUCCGAAGCAAAAAUUGAUCUCAACUGUGUAUCAUAUCCCGUCUUCAAGGAGAAAUGCAGUCAAGAGUACGAUCAGACAGGUGAAUUUACUCCUAGGGAUGGAUCUUCACCAUUGAUGCAGCAGCAUCAAGAAAUUUGUGGCAUUCUCCAACUUUCUGAUGAAGUCUUGGCCCACAACAUAUUGUCCCGCUUGACCCCGAGGGAUGUGGCAUCUCUCGGGUCGGCCUGCCGGAGGAUCCGACAGUUGACAAACAAUGAGCAUCUGAGAAAGUUGGUUUGCCAGAAUGCGUGGGGAAGAGAGGUAACAGGGACACUUGAACGGAUGACAAAAAAGUUGGGAUGGAGCCGCUUGGCUCGAGAAUUGACCACUCUGGAGGCUGUGCAUUGGAAGAAGUUCACUGUCGGGGGAGCAGUGGAGCCCUCUCGGUGCAACUUCAGUGCCUGUGCAGCGGGAAAUCGGCUUGUGCUGUUUGGAGGAGAAGGUGUGAACAUGCAACCGAUGGAUGACACAUUUGUUUUGAACCUUGAUGCUGCCAAUCCUGAAUGGAGGCGUGUUAGCGUGAAGUCUUCCCCUCCUGGGCGCUGGGGCCACACUUUAUCGUGCGUGAACGGGUCUUCAUUGGUUGUGUUUGGAGGGUGUGGAAGGCAAGGGUUGUUGAAUGAUGUGUUUGUGCUAGAUCUGGACGCUAAGCAACCAACAUGGAAGGAAGUCUCAGGUGGGGCACCGCCGCUGCCGAGGUCCUGGCACAGCUCAUGCACAGUGGAGGGAUCAAAGCUGGUGGUCUCGGGUGGGUGCACUGAUGCGGGGGUCCUCCUGAGCGACACCUACUUGUUGGAUCUCACCAUUGAAAACCCCACAUGGAAAGAGAUCCCAACCUCGUGGGCCCCACCCUCAAGAUUGGGUCACUCACUCUCGGUUUAUGGGCGAACAAAGCUCCUCAUGUUUGGUGGUCUUGCAAAGAGUGGGCACUUGAAGCUGCGUUCAGGUGAGGCCUACACCAUCAACCUUGACGAUGAGGAGCCACGAUGGAGGCAACUCGAGUGCAGCGCGUAUGGUGGUGGCGUUGGGGCACAGAGUGCUGUGGUCCCGCCCCCAAGGCUCGAUCACGUGGCCGUGAGCAUGCCAUGUGGCAGGAUCUUGAUAUUUGGCGGCUCGAUUGCAGGCCUCCACUCGCCCUCACAACUUUUCCUUCUUGACCCUUCAGAGGAGAAGCCAUCUUGGAGGACUCUCAAUACCCCGGGACAACCACCAAAAUUCGCUUGGGGCCAUAGCACCUGUGUCGUGGGAGGCACGAGGGUGUUGGUAUUGGGAGGUCACACUGGUGAAGAGUGGAUACUUAACGAGUUGCAUGAGCUGUGCUUGGCCAGUAGACAAGACUCGGACCCUUGAUCUAGCUUGCUUUUUGCUCCAUCAGGAGAACUUUAUUGUGAUGCUCUUAGUAGUUAUGUUAGGUAUUGGUAUGCCAUGAACUCGUUUGACUUUCUGCCUGUAUAAAAGGUCUGCGAGAAUGGGGAUCUCGGACCAUUAUGUUGCCGAUGUUGUAUGGUAGUGUAGAUAAAAGCAAAUGCUGAUUUUGAUGAUUGUAGUGGUUGUGAUGCUUUCGGCAUUGGGUCUGAUGGACAACUAGGUCACAUGUCAGUGUGAAAUGUGUAGACAAAGUUAGCUGUAGCUAGGUCACAUGUCACUGUGAAAUGUGUAGACAAAGUUAGCUGUAGCUAUACUGUUUUCUCCACUGGACGACUCUCGGUGCGUUCAUUCAAUUUAGUACAUCUGCUGUCAAUUUAGCUCCAUCCUGUCAGGCAUGCUGUGUCUGGUACUCCUGAUAUGGAUGAUUUGAAAUUUUCAUGCAA